CCUUUCGUUGGAAGAUGAAGCUCUAUCCCAUGAAGUUAUGGCUAUAAUAAAGUCUAUGCACAAAGAGUUGCCUAACAUUCUGUCAUCUUUCAAGCAAGCAUUUGCUACUGUUAAUAAAUUUGCAGAGCUUGAAGAAAGAGAUAAGAGGAUCAAGGAGGAGGUAACUCAACGAAAGGAGGUUGCCACUGCUCUUGUUUCCAAAAUGUCCGAGACCCAGCAGUUUAUGGAUGAAGCUGAAGAGAACGAAGCUAGGUUGAAGGAGCAGAUCUCUAGGUUGGAGAAAGUGAAAAAGGAUUGUGAGGCUGAAUUAUUUUCUCUGCAAGAGCAGAAGAGGAAACAUAUUGUAGAAACAGUAGAGUUCAAGAAAGAGUUCGAGACUGUGAGGAAAGAGAAGUCCGAGAUGGCAGAAGAUGAAAGAAAGUCCCGGCAACAACUGUUUCAGGUUGAUCAUAAAUUGCUAAUAGAAAUCUCUAAUAAUGCUUCCUUUGCUUAUUUUGAAAGACCAAAUAAAGUUUGAGAGGUUUUUAAUACAAUCACUGGACUAUUUAUUUGUUGUGGGA